AUGGAACAACACAAGGGCAGCAGCUCACUGCUAGCUAAAAUGGCAGCCGACAACAAGCCUGCACCACUCCAGCCAUCACUAGAGGAACGCCUCAGUCAGGCCUUUGAGCGCUUCUGGGAGCAACUCGAGAAAAAAACACAGUGCGGAACGCAGAUACUACCCGCCGCAGCCAUACCCAAGCCUGAUCGGCCACACACUACAGCCACCAGAAACUCACCGGGAGAAGACUCGGAGCGGCGCCAAAAACGGAGAGGCGGAAACAGAAGCCUAGCCGCCGACUGCUGUGCCCUUCUACAUGAUGCUGCCACCCUGGCCCACAGCGCACCAGAGAAAACCCACUCAGAAACUGCUGCUUCCCUCGAACGGCUCCCAUGCAGCAUACCCGAAGGAACUCAUACAAGGAGUACCAGCACAUGGCCCAGGCUUUGUACCACCUCAACCUAUGUGACCUCAAAACCCUGA